AUGUCCUUAAGAAUUAUUGACGUGGCUCUAGAAGUAGCAGGCCCUUCCAUCGCAAGGCAUCCUAGCCUUGCGCAACUUGCGCGAGAUGACUUGUGUCGAUAUCUAUUCCAAUUGGUCAAAUCGGAUAAUAUGGCUAUUUUGAGCGGCUCUCUCAGAGUGGCAGGGACCCUAUUAUCUACUUGUCGACAUGUCUUGAAAUUACAACAGGAGCUUUUCCUGUCAUAUUUAGUGGCAUGCCUCCACCCUCGAGUUGAAAUACCCCGAGAGCCGGGCAUCGACCCUGCACUCUACGUGGGCGUGCCGCAAGCUCCGAAGCUAGUUAAACCAUCCGCCUCGCAAGCAGGUAGUGGAAGAACAACUCCUGUUCCAGUGAAAGAUCGACAAAAGCUCGGGAUGGAAGGCGGUUCUCGAAAACCCGAAGCUCGAGAAGCGAUGGUGGAAAGCAUAGGGGUGUUGGCCAGAAUCCCGAACUUUAUGGCAGAGCUGUUUGUCAACUACGACUGUGAAGUUGAUAGAGCCGAUCUUUGCGAGGACAUGGUUGGACUAUUAUCUCGGAAUGCCUUCCCAGAUUCUGCGGCAUGGAGUACCACUAACGUUCCACCUCUUUGUCUUGAUGCUCUGCUAGGAUACAUCCAAUUUAUCGCCGAUAGGCUAGAUGAUGAGCCGAAGCAUGACGGUCCUUUUGAUCUUUCGCGAUUAAGAGAGCAGCGACAACGCAAAAAGAUAAUAAUUCAGGGUGCCACAAAGUUCAAUGAAGAUCCUAAAGCAGGCAUUGCGUUUCUAGCUUCUAAAGGGAUUAUUGAAGAUAUCGAAGACCCCAAAUUAAUAGCCAAAUUUCUCAAGGGUACAAGCCGUAUUUCGAAGAAAGUUCUUGGAGAAUACAUCUCCAACCGGAAAAAUGAGCAGAUCCUUGAAGCAUUCAUGGACCUCUUCGAUUUUGCGGGCGUCGGCAUCGUGGAUGCUCUUCGGGACGUUUUGGGCUCUUUUCGGCUUCCGGGUGAAUCUCCUCUGAUCCAGAGGAUUGUCACCGUUUUCGCGGAGAAGUAUCUUGCAGGAGCAAAACCUAAAGAAGCUGCUGAUGCGGAUUCUCUUUUCAUCUUAACCUAUGCCGCUAUAAUGCUCAACACCGACCUUUAUAACCCUAAUGUGAAACCUCAAAACCGAAUGACUUUUGAAGGCUUUACUAAAAAUUUGAAAGGAGUCAAUGCCGGCAAUGACUUCCCCAUCGAAUAUCUAGAAGGGAUCUAUCGUUCAAUUCAGCAGGAUGAAAUCAUUCUACCUGACGAGCAUGAAAAUAAACAUGCAUUUGAGUACGCUUGGAAAGAACUCUUGAUAAAAGCAUCUACUGCAGGUGACAUGAUACCAUGCGACUCCAAUGUAUUGGAUGCCGACAUGUUUGAAGCAACUUGGAAACCUGUGGUGGCCACGCUUUCUUAUGUGUUUAUGUCCGCGUCUGAUGACGUUGUGUUCUCAAGAGUCGUUAUUGGCUUCGACCAAUGCGCGAAAAUUGCUACGAAAUACGGUUUAACCGAAGCCCUUGAUCGCAUAAUAUUUUGUCUCAGUUCCAUCAGCACCCUAGCUUCCGAGACGACCCCUAAUACCACUCUCAACACAGAGGUUCAAAUAGGAAAGAAAGCGGUUAUGGUCAGUGAAGUUGCUGUCAAGCUAGGAAGAGAUUUCAAAGCCCAGCUUGCGACAAUUGUUUUGUUUCGUUUGCUCUCAGGAAGCGAAGCAGCCAUCCGAAAUGGGUGGGAAUAUGUCGUUAGGAUCCUUCAUCACCUGUUCAUAAACUCUCUUAUCCCUCAACUGGACAUUCGAGACUCAGGCCUCGAUAUUCCGCCGAUUCCCUUGCAGCCACCGUCCCAAGUUGUUGAUCGUGAUGGUCGGAGCAACGAGGCUGGGUUACUCUCUGCGUUUACAUCAUAUCUUUCGAGUUACGCUGCCGAUGAUCCCCCGGAGCCAUCUGAUGAAGAGAUCGAGAAUACUCUUUGCACUAUUGACUGCAUUAAUGCAUGCGGCAUUUCUGAAUUGCUUGAAAAUAUAAGAUCCGUUCCUAUUUCCUCAAUGACCUAUCUUGUCAAUGCCCUCCUUGCCAAACUUCCUGACACGAGCCCCGCCGUUAUUACUCACCCCUCCUCGUGUUGCGAGAUGAUGAUACAAUACAACAUCUCGGAGAAACCCCUGACGAGAACUUUACAGAAUAUCAUUCGAGAUGCUAAAAACAUACAUCCGCUGAUGCUCUCGCGUGUGAUAUAUUACCUUUUAGUCCUUUUGCGUCGUAGCUAUCUAAUUGGCUCGCAGGAUCAUUCCUUUAUGAGACCUCCGGUCGUUCUCCAUUCUAUUUCAAGCUUUGAACAGGAUAUCCUUGAAAAUUCUGCAGUACCGAUCAUUGCUGGUCUUACGAGCAUCGGGAACGAAACUCAACUGUGGAAGGAAAUCACAAAGUAUCCAGAUUUCUGGUCCAUCAUCCAAAGAUUACAUCAACAUCAAGAUGGAGGCGCUAUGAUUUUCGACCUUUUGCGAAAUAUUGUUGAGUCCGAUCCUCCAGUGAUUAAUGCGGAUAACUACGAAGCUGCAGUCGGGAUUGCGAAUGACUUCGCAAAUGCGGGCAGCAUCGUAGCUAUUCAAGAAUUGCGGCAUGAGCCUUCAGUAAGAAGGACUCGAUCGGUAAAGAAGCCUAGCAAACCACAGGAUAACCCACUUGUAAUUCGGGGAACUAAAGCUGUAGGGAUCAUCUACCAGAUGACAGCACGAAUACCAGCGCUCAUAAGCCAGUCACAUCUUGAGCGAAACGAAGCAUGGGCCGCAUACUGGUCUCCCAUUUUCAACGCCUUGACCACGCAAUGUCUUAAUCCUUGUCGUGACAUAAGGCACCAAGCAAUUUCUGCCCUGCAGCGAUCGUUGCUCUCCCCCGAACUUGCAUCUACCGACCACAAGGAAUGGGUGGCAAUCUUCGGCGAAGUCCUAUUCCCCUUGAUUUUGCGUCUCCUUAAACCAGAAGUCUAUCAGUCGGACCCAACCGGCAUGAGUGAAACCAGGGUUCAGGCGGCGACACUCGUGUGCAAGAUAUUCCUUCAUUAUCUUGUGUUGCUUUCAGAGUGGGAAGGAAUGCUUGACCUGUGGUUAAACAUUCUUGAUAUUCUAGACCGAAUGAUGAACAGUGGGCAAGGAGACAGUCUCGAAGCGGUUCCCGAGAGUCUAAAGAAUAUUCUCCUUGUGAUGGCAGAUGGCGGGUACUUGGUACCCCCUAGCGUGGAUGAAUCUAAAGAGAAGAUCUGGGUCGAGACACAGAAAAGGCUUGAUCGAUUUCUUCCUGAUUUGUUCAAGGAAAUAUUCCCUCCCACUCCAGAGGGCCAGUUUGUCCCACCACCUCCCCAACAGGACCUACCUCAUCAUCCAGCGGAGGGCUCGAGCGGCGAGAAAACAAAAGAGAAGUCUCCUCGAGCGUCGGUAGAGGAGGACGAUGUGGAAUAA